UUAACAAUUAUAAUUGUUAAAAUCGGUUGGCGAUCCUGUAACGUAGAUCGUUUGUACUAAGGUAGGCAACCUCCGGCACAAAACACAAUAUUUUUCAAUUCAAAACAAAAAUGUGAAAUGGAACCGCCAAAAGAAAUUAAAAAAUUAAGGGAAGAGGUGGUUAAUAGAAUUGCAGCGGGUGAAGUCGUUCAAAGACCUGCCAAUGCCCUAAAAGAAUUAAUCGAGAAUAGCAUCGACGCUAAAGCAAAUAAUAUUCAAAUAACAGUCAAAAACGGAGGAUUAAAAUUACUGCAAAUUCAAGAUAAUGGUACAGGAAUAAGAAAGGAAGAUUUUCCUAUAUUAUGUGAGAGAUUUACGACUUCAAAACUAAAGGAGUUUGAAGAUUUAAGUUCGAUUUCUACCUAUGGGUUCAGAGGCGAGGCACUUGCAAGUAUAAGUCACAUCGCUCAUCUCACCAUAACCUCAAAAACCAAGAAAGAUGUUUGUGCACACCAGGCCAGAUUUGUGGACGGAGUUAUGCAGGGUGCCACAAAAGCAGUGGCUGGUAAUCAAGGAACGAUUAUCACAGUCGAGGAUUUAUUUUAUAACAUGAACGUUAGAAGAAAUGCUUUGAGGAGUGUGGCAGAUGAAUAUGCAAGAAUUUCCGAUGUUGUUAGUAAAUAUGCUGUGCAUAAUGCCGGAAUAGGUUUUGCUUUAAAAAAAUCUGGUGGUAAUAAUGAUAUCAGAACUCCACCAAAAGCAUCACAUAUCGACAACAUUAGAGUCAUAUAUGGCAACACAAUUGCAAGGGAACUAACAGAGUUUAGCUGGGAAGAUCCAACAUUUAAAUUUAAAUCGCACGGUUUUAUAACGAACGUAAAUUAUUCUACAAAAAAGUUUGUCUUUUUGCUUUUUAUAAACCAUAGACUUGUUGAAUGCACAAAUUUGAAAAAAUGUAUAGACCAAGUUUACACGACUUAUUUACCAAAAAACAUGCACCCCUUUGUGUAUUUAAGUUUAGAGUUAGACCCUAUUACUGUGGAUGUAAAUGUUCAUCCAACUAAACACGAGGUACAUUUUUUAAAUGAGGAGCAAAUUAUUGAAAGUGUUUGUGGUGGACUUGAAAAAAAACUUCUUGGCUCUAACAACUCUAGAGUGUUUUAUACACAGGCAAAAUUGCCCACAGCCCCGACGGAAACCUUCGACCUAAAAGACGAAAAAUCAAAGAAAAACGACGGGUUUGUGCACCCAAAAGAUUUUGUUAGAACUGAUACCAACAUGCAAAAGAUUGAGAAGUUUUUUGGACCAGCUGGAAAAAAGGUUGAUUAUACGGCAAAAAGAAAGGAAGAAGCCGAAACUGCAAACAAAGACGUAAGUUUAACUGAGGAAGACUUUAACCGGCACCACGAAGGUUUUAUCGAGAGAAAUGAAAAUUUUGAAAAUUUGCUGCUGGAAAGAACUGUAGUUGAAGAACGGAAAAUAGAAGACAAAAUUAGACAGCCCAUCGGAGAUGUGUUAAAAGAGGAUGGUUGUGUUAAAAUAAGCGAGGUUUUUGAGGAGACAAAUUUGGAGGAGGAAAUACCAAACGAGGAUGGAAGCAUGGAAAAACGAUUAGAAGAAAAAAUUAAAUGUUUGGGUGCCACAAAGCACAAGUCCAAUGACAAUUUGAAUUUUAUUGCCAGAUUGGAAAGAGUGGAGACGAAGCUGACCAGUAUUUUAGAGUUACGGCAAGAGAUAGAAGACGACUGUCACAAAAUGCUGCGCGAAACCUUCGCGCAGCUGGUUUACGUUGGCGCAGUCGACACCAAGUUGGCCCUCAUACAGUUCAACACGAAAUUGCUCCUUUGCAACACUCGAACGAUCCUCGAGGAGUUGUUCUAUCAGUACAUCUUGUACCACUUUCAAAACUUCGGCCGCUUCGCGUUUCAAUCGCCGAUCGCGAUAGCCGACCUCGCGAUGCUCUGCCUGGAUCUGCCGGAGACCGGAUGGACGCCGGAAGACGGAAGUAAGGAGGAGCUGGCCGACAAGGUCAGGGACGUUUUGGUGGAGAAGGCGGACAUGCUGGACGAUUAUUUUUCCUUGGGGAUUAGCGAGCAAGGCCACCUCAAAAGUCUGCCCAUACUUUUGGACGACUACAUUCCGGAUGAGGCCGGUCUACCAACUUACAUAAUGCGUUUGGCCACCGAAGUGGACUGGGAAAACGAAAAAAACUGCUUUAAAUCGUUUGCAAGGGAAACUGCUUUAUAUUAUUCAGAAAUUUCUGAAUCGGAUAAUCCGAAUGGUAAGGACUGGAAAUGGGUCGUGGAAUAUAUCGUUUACCCCGCUGUUAAGGAUUAUUUUAUACCGCCAAAAUCCUUUACGGAAAAUGCAGCUGUAUUAGAAAUAGCUAAUUUACCCAAUCUGUAUAAGGUAUUUGAAAGAUGUUAGUUUUGCUUUUCGAUUAUUAUAUUUUGUUUAAAAAUA